UAGCAACCCCGACAGCCCCCACAGUCCACCAAACCCUUUCGGCCAGACAUGCAAAAUUUUCAGUAACUAAAGGAAAAAGAAAUAUUUAGACAAAAACCAACCAAAAAAAUUGUAAACUUUUAAAAAGAAGCAACAGAAAACAUCGCAAAAUGAGGGAGUGCCUUUCCAUCCACGUUGGCCAGGCGGGCGUCCAGAUGGGCAACGCGUGCUGGGAGCUGUACUGCCUGGAGCACGGCAUCGCGCCGUCGGGGACGCGGUCCGAGUCUGCCCCUGACUCGUCCACGACCUCGGCCACGGCGUCGCUGCUGGCCGCGCCCUGCACCUCGCCCUUCGGGUCGUCCCUGGCGCCCUACGGCUCGCCCGCGCCCUUCAUGUCGCCCUCCGAGUCCUCGGGCAGGGACACCUUCUUCUGCGAGACCAGCGCCGGCAAGCACGUCCCCCGGGCCAUCAUGGUGGACCUGGAGCCCACCGUGGUCGACGAAGUACGGAUCGGCGCGUACCGCGGCCUGUUCCACCCCGAGCAGCUCAUCACGGGCAAGGAGGACGCCGCCAACAACUACGCCCGCGGCCGCUACACGGUCGGCAAGGACAUGAUCGAGGACGUGGUGGACCGCGUCCGCAGGCUGGCUGACCAGUGCCACAGUCUGCAGGGCUUCCUGCUGUUCAACUCCUUCGGCGGCGGCACGGGCUCCGGCUUCACGACGCUGCUGCUGGAGCGCCUCAGCAAGGAGUUCCCCAAGAAGAGCAAGCUGCAGUUCGUCAUCUACCCCGCGCCACAAGUGUCCACGGCCGUGGUGGAGCCGUACAACGCCAUCCUGACCACGCACAACACCAUCACCGAGUCGGACUGCUGCUUCAUGAUGGACAACGAGGCCAUCUACGACCUGUGCAGGAAGAAGCUGGGCAUCGAGCGGCCCGUCUACACCAACCUCAACCGCCUCAUCAGCCAGGUCGUCUCCUCCAUCACGGCCUCGCUGCGCUUCGACGGCGCCCUCAACGUGGACCUGUCGGAGUUCCAGACCAACCUGGUGCCGUACCCGCGCAUCCACUUCCCGCUCACCACGUACGCGCCCGUGGUGUCGGCCGACCGCGCCUUCCACCAGAGCAUGACGGUGGCCGACAUCACGUCGGAGUGCUUCGAGGCCUCCAGCCAGAUGGUCAAGUGCGACCCCAAGAACGGCAAGUACAUGGCCUGCUGCAUGCUGUACCGCGGCGACGUGGUGCCCAAGGACGUCAACGACGCCAUCACCGACAUGAAGACCAAGAAGGGCGUGCGCUUCGUGGACUGGUGCCCCACCGGGUUUAAGGUCGGCCUCAACUACCAGCCGCCCCAGGUGGUGCCGGGCGGCGACCUGGCCCCCGUGCCGCGCUCCGUCGCCAUGCUGUCCAGCAACACGGCCAUCAAGGAGGCCUGGGAGAAGCUCAACCGCAAGUUUGACCUCAUGUUCAGCAAGCGCGCCUUCGUGCACCACUACGCGUCCGCCGGCAUGGAGGAGGGCGAGUUCAUCGAGGCCCGCGAGGACCUGGCCGCCCUGGAGAAGGACUACGACGAGGUCGGCAUGGACACCACCACGGGCGCGCUCGACACGGACGCGGAGGACGACAUCUGAGGAGAAGCACUUUUCGGCACGCCGAGGCCGCGCGGCCGCCACGGACGAAGCGACGCGGCGCUCCCCGAUUUUAAUGAAAAAGCGGAACGGAACCCCGAAGAGGACAAAAAAAGGAAACGAAAAGAGAAGCGAUACGUGCUAACUUUUAAAAGGAAACGUCACAGCGGAAAUAAAAUUUCAAAGUCGGGCCGGCGCGUGUACGGAAAAGCCAUCACGGGCACGGCGGCCACAUAAAUCCGCGGAGAGGUUGGGGAGACUGGAAGCACUACGCGGGCGUCGGCGGCAACGCCGGCAUCGGGCAUAUAGCGAG